CUCUUUUUGCCCCAUCUAGACUUGAACUGCAUAACAUAAAGGCACCAAAAAUUAUUCGCUCUCUGAUUCCACAUUAAGCCCUUCAGAUUUCUUCUGGAGACUUGGAACUCUUUGGAAGCCAAGGUUUCCACAAUGAAAAGCUUUCUGGCUUUCCUUGUUGCAAUGAGCAUCAUCGUGGCCCUGGGUGAUGCAUACUGCUUUAGUAAACGUUACAUGCCAGGGAAGGCUGACAAAGGCUGUAUGCUGAAUGGAAAACUGUACCCCCUUGGACACAUUGAGAGGACAGAAGAUUGCUACAGAUGCGACUGCAGCCCAACUGAAAUGAGGUGUUGUUCAAUAUUUUCUACUCCUGUUGCUUAUGACGAAGAGAACUGUGAAGUCAUUUUCAAUGAAAAAAGUUGUGACUAUGAUGUGGUGCUGAAGAAUGACCCCUCAAAGGAGUGCCCUCGAGUUGCACGUGUGGGCUAAAACGUGGGCUAACACCUGCUCCAAACCUCUGCACUGUGGAAUUGCUCCCCUUCCUACACAUGCUUUGCCAUCACAGAGAAGUACAAUGACAUGGGAAAUCUACUUGUUCUAAUUCAGCAUAUAAGAUGCAUUAAUCACAUACAAUGUCUCCUUUCUGUAAUAUUUGCAUGGGUGUCGCUGAGCUCUUUUGACUACAAUAAAUCCAGAUGAAACAUCCAUCAA